AGCCUUUUCUCGAAGAAUUUUGUGCCCCAUCUUUGCAGGGGCGGAGGCGGUUCAGCCAAUCAGCGUGCGGCGCGGCGGCCUGUUGCCAGGCAGAUUAUGGUAAUGAGGCCCGGGCUGCCGCCCGCCCCCUCCCGCUCUGCAGCUACCAUUGUGAGGUGAGGACAGGUGGGGGGGUUUGGGGCCGCAGCGGGGCCGGCGGCGGCGGCCGGGACGCGGCACCCGCACGGGACCCCCUCAGAAGAUGAAAUGCCAACAAAUCGUCAAUUGAUUUUACAAGAGGGUUCUUUGCGUCUUUUGUGGAAAGAAAAUAACUGACAGUCUCAAGCCUUCUAAUGCCUUCGUUUCCAGGGAAAAAAAUAUAUGAACCUUAAUGCCCAGCUUUGCCUAUUAAAGACCUGCCUGAACCCUUCAGUCUCCUUUCCACGCAAGUUGUAAGUUAUUUGUGCCAAAGUGAGUCCGCAGGAGUGAGUCAGCAUCUUCCUUCAGAUCUCCAGUAUCUGCUUGUAGGGAAGCCAUGUUACUGAAGAACACCUUGUCUUCUGGAAGUAGAAACACAGUGAAGAGAUGAACCUGUUCAGCCAGACAUUCCUGCAGUAGAUCUCUCUCGGCAUGGAGCACCACGGCAGGGAGGAGAUGGACUCAAAAGAGGAAAGUCCUCAGGUGUGGGCUGACUCUGCUGAGCAGGAACAGAAUACUGCUCAGGUGCACUUUGUCCCUGAGGGGGGGACAGUGGCACAGAUUGUGUACAGCGAUGAGCAGGACCGUCCCUCGCAGCAGGUGGUCUACACGGCGGAUGGCACCUCCUACACCUCCGUGGACACCUCGGAGCACACGCUCGUUUACAUCCAUCCCGUGGAAGCUACGCAGACUCUGUUUACAGAUCCGUCCCAAGUGGCUUACGUCCAACAGGAUGCCACCACGCAGCAGGUAACUGUGCUCUUGCCUGCUGCUGCUCAGAGCAUGAAUCCCACCAACCUGUCCGUGCUCGGCAACGUUGCCGAAUCCCCCCAGCAAAUGGCUCUGGAGCAGGGUCCACAAGCAGAUAGAGCAUCAUUACCGGUGCAUAACCAGGUGUUACCUCCUAUGGAGGCAGUGGAUGGUUCUGACCCUUUAGCACCUCUGCAGAAUCAAAUGGAAAGGAUGGAAACAAAAGAGGAAGAUGACGAGGAUGAAGAUGAGGAUGAAGAUGGGGAAGACACUGACAUGGACGAAUGGGAUCCAGAUCCACCUCGACCCUUUGAUCCCAAUGAUUUGUGGUGUGAAGAGUGUAAUAACGCACAUCCCUCUGUGUGUCCAAAACACGGACCUCUGCAUCCAAUCCCAAACCGGCCUGUGCUGACCAGGGCGAGAGCCAGCCUCCCCUUGGUGCUCUAUAUAGACAGGUUUUUGGGAGGUGUGUUCUCCAAAAGGCGUAUCCCAAAACGCACGCAGUUUGGACCUGUGGAAGGACCCCUUGUUAGACAAACUGAACUCAAAGACUGCUAUAUCCAUUUGAAGGUAUCUCUUGAUAAAGGUGACAGAAAAGACAGAGAUUUGCAAGAGGACCUGUGGUUUGAACUUUCCAGUGAGGCUCUCUGCAACUGGAUGAUGUUUGUGCGUCCAGCUCAAAACCAUUUGGAGCAGAACCUGGUAGCGUAUCAGUACGGCCACCAUAUUUAUUACACAACCAUUAAAAACGUGGAGCCCAAGCAGGAACUCAAGGUGUGGUAUGCUGCCUCUUACGCAGAGUUUGUGAACCAGAAGAUCCAUGACAUAUCUGAGGAGGAAAGGAAGGUUCUCAGAGAGCAAGAGAAGAACUGGCCGUGUUACGAGUGCAAUCGUCGCUUCAUGAGCUCAGAGCAACUCCAGCAGCACCUCAACUCCCACGAUGAGAAGCUGGACUUCUUCAGCAGAGCCAGAGGCCGAGGUCGUGGGCGAGGAAAGAGGAGGUUUGGACCAGGCAGACGCCCAGGGCGCCCUCCCAAAUUCAUGCGUAUGGAAGUAACCAGUGAAAAUGGGGAAAAAUGUGAAGAAGGGACGCAGGACUUGCUGCAUUUUUCCAGCAAGGGGCAGUUUGAUGAGGCCGGACAAGCCACACUGAAUGGGUUGGAGCAGCAGGAACAGACUCCAGUGCCAUCAGAGACGCAGUCGGCACUGGAGCAGCAGUCAGAAAACCACCCGCUACAAAUCCAGCCGCAGCAUGAUGAGAGCACGGUGCCUACGCAGAGCACCAUGACAGCAGAUGACAUGAGGCGAGCAAAGCGUAUCAGGAAUGCAGCUCUUCAGCACCUAUUCAUACGGAAAUCCUUUCGCCCCUUCAAAUGCCUCCAGUGUGGGAAGGCCUUCCGCGAAAAGGACAAACUGGAUCAGCAUUUGCGGUUUCACGGACGGGAAGGGAACUGCCCUUUGACUUGUGACAUCUGCAACAAGGGCUUCAUCAACAGCGGUGCUCUCGAGAGCCACAUGAAGUUCCACAUGGACCAGAAAACAUACUCCUGCAUUUUCUGUCCCGAGUCCUUUGACCGCUUGGAUCUGCUUAAAGACCAUGUGGCCAUCCACGUCAACGAUGGCUAUUUUACCUGCCCUACCUGCAAAAAACGCUUUCCAGAUUUUAUCCAGGUCAAGAAACACGUGCGCAGUUUCCACUCAGAAAAGAUUUACCAGUGUACAGAAUGUGACAAGGCUUUCUGCCGUCCUGACAAGCUGCGACUCCAUAUGUUGCGACACUCGGACCGCAAAGACUUCCUGUGCUCCACCUGUGGCAAGCAGUUCAAGAGGAAAGACAAACUGCGAGAGCACAUGCAGCGGAUGCACAACCCGGAGAGGGAGGCCAAGAAAGCUGAUCGAAUCAGCCGCUCAAAAACGUUCAAGCCUCGGAUAGCUUCCACAGACUACGAAAGCUUCAUGUUCAAGUGCCGGCUCUGUAUGAUGGGUUUCCGCCGGAGGGGGAUGUUGGUGAAUCACUUAUCAAAGAGACAUCCGGACAUGAAAAUAGAAGAGGUGCCAGAGCUCACGCUGCCCAUCAUCAAACCCAACAGAGAUUACUUCUGUCAGUACUGUGAUAAGGUGUACAAGAGUGCCAGCAAACGCAAAGCGCAUAUCCUGAAGAACCAUCCUGGUGCUGAGCUACCUCCAAGCAUCCGGAAACUGCGCCCUGCGGGCCCAGGGGAGCCGGAUCCCAUGCUGAGCACCCACACCCAGCUGACAGGCACCAUAGCCACCCCUCCGGUCUGCUGUCCUCACUGUUCCAAGCAGUACAGCAGUAAGACGAAGAUGGUACAACACAUUCGCAAGAAGCACCCGGAGUUUGCUCAGCUCCCUAACACAAUACAUGCCCCGCUGGCGACAGCUGUCAUCAGUUCCACUCCUGCCGUUCUGACCACCGACAGCACUACCGGAGAGACUGUUGUGACAACAGAUUUACUGACGCAAGCAAUGACAGAGAUAUCCCAGACCCUCACGACAGACUAUCGAACUCCCCAGGGAGAUUACCAGCGAAUCCAGUACAUCCCUGUGUCUCAGUCCACAACUGGCUUGCAGCAGCCUCAGCACAUACAGCUGCAGGUUGUUCAAGUGGCCCAGGCUACCUCACCUCACCAGUCCCAGCACUCCACAGUGGAUGUUGGGCAGCUUCAUGACCCCCAGACAUACACGCAGCAUGCUAUCCAGGUGCAGCACAUCCAGGUCACAGAGCCAUCGCCAGCAACUCAGUCGUCAUCGCAGGUUGGGGGCCAGCCUUUGAGUCCCUCCUCACAACAGUCUCAGCAGGAGCUCAGCCCCUCGCAGAUGCAGACAACGACAUCGACCCCAAACCAAGCCCUACAACAGCAGCAAGGGUCUUCAGUUCAGCACACCUAUCUUCCCAGCACGUGGAACUCAUUUCGGAGCUAUUCAUCUGAGAUUCAGAUGAUGACCAUUCCCCAAGGCCAGUAUGUGAUCACAGAGACCGCUGUAGGUACACCCGUCACCACUGUCAACACAGGGCAAGUGAAGGCAGUUACUCAGACUCACUAUGUGAUAUCUGAAGGUCAGCCCGAUCUGGAUGUCAAACAAAACUCUUCGCUCUCCAGCGAAGUACAGGUCAGCGUUUCCCAGCCACCAGCCCACACGGAUACCUUGGAAUCACAAACCAGCAGCCAGCAGCAAACUACCCAGUACAUAAUCACUACAACCACCAACGGGAACGGCAGCAGCGAAGUGCACAUCACUAAACCAAGAACUUUCUCAGCAGAACACGAAUGAAGAAGCCUCGCGGUGCCACUUGCUUCUACUUGUCACCUCCCCUGAAAGCCCAGAUAUAUGGAGCUCAAUAUGUUUUAAAGAAUAUGCUCCCUUCAACUAAAAUCUUGGAGCCCUUGUUAAUGCUUUAAGAGGGUUUAAGUCCUCAGUGACUGUGAAGAAGUACCCUCAAAAUCCUUCUGGGAUGCUCUUUUAUGCAGCUUUUAACAAAAAGGACAAGAGAAGUGAAACCUCUGCUUGCUCUGGACUUUAUUUUCGGCAUGUCUGCUGACCCUUAUUUUUUUUCCUUUUUGGAAGUGUCUCCAGUAAACAACUUCUUAUUUCAAUUGUAUGGGAGAAAAGCUUGCCUAACUGAAGGUUAACUGGCAGACUGUUGUACGUAUAUUUUUAAUAGGAGCCGUUAAACAGGAGGACAUCAUGUUAAUUGUCGGAAUAUGGCAGAACUGAAUCCUGUGUCUUUUGUUUUAGCAGCCACGGUGAAAGGGAAUGUACCAGCUCAAGGCGAGCAGACUGCCUGGAGAAAAAGAGCAGCAAAAGCGGUGGCUCCUCGCAUACGUGUGUGGGGAUGGAUAUAACAAUGAAGCUGUGAAGAUGUGCUGAAGCAGUCCAUUAAAUUAUUAUUUUUCCAACCCUCAAGAACUGUUUACAUGCUGUCUGUCCUGCCCUGCUUUACCAGGCAGUGCCAGAAAGAACGAAAAGUGCAGUCUUAAACCCGUGUCGUGCGGAACAAACUGAUGGAAAUCAUAGUAGCGCGUAAGGGUAGUGCAGAGCCACUGUUAGCUCUUUUCUCCCCCUCCAGCAUUUGCAGGGAAAAUUGCCUUUUUGCCUGUAAACAAAAAAGGCUGGCUCAGCUUAGCCUGCAAAGCAGCUUCUGCUGUGACCUAAAGGUAGUUGUGCCAGGAGAAAAUGAGGGUGGAGGAGCACACCGCUGAAGAAGCAAGGCAGUUGUCCCUGUUGCCACCUUGAAGUGGACGUAUUUUUCCCCUUGAAAACUGGAUGGAGAGCUGGUUACUCUGAUUUUCCAAAUGACCGUUGUUAACAAUGCACUGUAAUUCCUUUGGACAGUUCCAUAUAAUGACCAGCCCUGGACUCAGGAAACAGACAAGAAACACGCUAGUGGACCACUGUUUAUGGGACACGGAAAGCCAUCUGUGAGGGUUGCCUGCUUUGGUAGACCUGGUCUGUGUACAGAAUUCACGUUACGUUUAGGGACCAGGAGAAAGGGAAAGAGGUUUAUCUUUUAGGGCAGUGUAAUAUUUUUUUUUCUUACAUAAUUCUCUUUCACGGGUCUUGCUGGUUGGUUAUUUAAUGCAUUCUGGUAUUUGCAAGAAUAUGACUGUAAGUCCAUUGGUCUCCUGGUGGGAUAUACCGUGUAUGUCUAAACCUCCAUUCACUGCCUGAAAACCCAUCCCAGAAUGUCUGUGCAUAAUAGGAUACAUUUAUUUAUAAAACAAAAGCAAAGAAGGAUGUUUUGUCUUCAUGGCCCUUGAGACUGAAGAACUGAGAGAGGUUGUUCUUUUUUUUGAUUAGUUUUUUCUCGUGCUGCACUGAGGUUGAAUGUGGGACUCUCUUGCAUAAAUAUUCCACAGAUUUAGGUGAGAAUUACCCGUGUGAAUCAGUGCUACAGAUGUCCACAGGUUGUGGUAUCUCUUAGAUGUGAGAGAACUUCACACUCGGACUGGGCGAGAGGAAGUCUGGUUCCUCGUGGGCAAAGCCUUGUAGCAGGUAUUGCUUUGGUAAUUAACAUAUCCAUUAACACAGCGUGGAAAUGGUGACCGUGUGUGAUGAGAUAAAUCAGAUGGAAAACUGGCCAGCUCAGAACUGGUUUUGAGGUAGCUUUGAAGUGACUUGACAAAAUAUGGAUUGAUUUGUUCCUGGGAGUUUGCUUCUGUUGCUCUACCACUGUACUGGGGCAUUAACGAGAUCGGUUAAGUUAAUGAGGACCAGAGCUCCUGUUUAGUCAAAUGCAGUGAUGAGUGUCUUUAAAUUUGGUGGAUUCGGGAGCCCGUUGACUUCAGCAGCGUGGCCAAGCAUCCGCAGCUCCCACUAAUUAAUUUGGAGAUGUGUGGCUGAGGGCUUCGGAAUUACGACGUUGGGCGUUGCGAUGUUGUUUGUGUGGGAAAAGAGAAGGGAGAUUUUUGUCUUGGCUUUCCUCGGGCUGCUGGAUGAUUUAAUAACGAGUCAAAAAUUGGUAUGAGUAAUAGGAAAAUAGGAGACUUUGAAAUGGGGUGUUCCAGGUGGAUACAGGAGCAAUUUUAAAGUCAUUUUUUAAAAUGGCCGUAGUCUUUGUAGAUGAACUUUUUGCCCUUAAUGGUAUUGCAGAUGUGGGGCUUAAAAAAAUAUCUUGCUCUUUUCAGCUUUGUUGGAAAGGCUCGCAGAAUGGGGACACUGGUACCAGUUAUUUAAAGCUGAGAACUGCAAGGCCUUCCAGAAAACAACUUAAAAACAGCCUCUUUGAACUCAAAUCUUCUUUAUCAAAGGUUCUACUGUGUCCCACAGCAGCAGCCGUGUCCUCGGCACCCGCGUUCAGCAAUUCACCGUGUCCCAAGUUCAACGAAUGCGAAAGCAUCAUCCCUGGAAAUGGAAAUAUCAUGAAUUUGCUUUCCCGAGUAAGGAACUACCAACGUCGCGCGGAUGCCAGGGGCCUGCUUUUAGAAGGACGACAGCAAAAAAAAACCAACCAACCAGAAGACAACAGUUUGCAUGGAUUUUUUUUCCCCCCCGAUUUCUGCAGUGCAGAAGGUAGAAGAUACAUUAUUAUUCUUUUUAAACCAGAGCAACCCCCAGACCUAUCUCAAGUCAUGCCCCACAGGAGCUUACUUCUGGAAUUAAGGGCCAUGUCGUGCUCAAAGAUGGGUAAAUGCUAACGCUGUUCCUUGUAGGUGGUUUGGGUCCGAUUCUGGAUUUUCCUGGAGAAAAACAAACAAAAAGCAACCGCCGCACCCCCCCACCCUCAGUUUUGCACCUCUCGGACUGCUCUGCCCCUUCUCUUAUUUAACUGUGUAUGUUUGUUGUACAUUCGGUGACUGUUAUUGUGUUCAUAGUCUUGUGCAACCUGGCAGGUGUAAAAAACAAACAAACAACCCACCCCAGAAAUUAAUAAAUCUUUUUCUUUUUUAAAAAAAAAAA